AUGGUAACGGUUCUAGAUUUAUCACACAACGAUAUAAAAUCAUAUAGUCAUUGGAAAUAUUUAAAAUCCGUUGAAAAAAUCGAUUUAUCGAAUAAUAAAAUAACGGAAGUGAGUUUCGGUGGUGGAUCUUAUGAUAAUUUACACUCAAUCGAUUUAUCUCAUAAUUCCAUUGUUUAUUUAAAUGCAAUUCAAAUUCAUAAAUUAAAAAAUUUACACGAUUUAAAUUUGUCGCACAAUUCUAAAUUGCACGGAGUUUCCGGUUUGAAAAGCGACAAUUUAAAAAUAUUAAAUUUGAGUUAUUGUUACUUGUCUUAUUUAAACGAUGAUUUUCUCGCGGAUUUACCCAAAAUCGAAUAUUUGGAUAUUUCACACAAUCCGAUAAAAUCUUUGAAAAAUUCCGUUCGUUCUCAUUCAUUGCAAAAUUUGGAUGCUUCGUAUUUAAACAUGGAGGCGCUGAACAAAAUGGACGCUUUCAACAUGCCGGGUUUGAGAAUAUUAAACGUAUCGCAUAAUAAAAAUAUAAAAAUGAUGAUGUUGGAAAAUUAUUGUUGGAACGUAAUUAAUUUAGACGUUUCGAAUUCGGAAUCGAAUUAUUUAAAGGAUUUUAAUAUUUUUUGCAAUUUGAAAAUAUUAAAUGCGUCCUCAAAUCAAAUCGAAAACAUCGAAUCGAAUACGUUUAGCAAUAACGUGGAUUUAAAUUUUCUUAAUUUAUCAUCGAAUAAAAUAACGGAUGUUGAUGAGAGCGCGUUUUUAAAUAACAAAAAUUUAAAAAUAGUGGAUUUGUCUUCGAAUAAAAUAAACGGUUUAUUAUUUACGUAUCAUUUAAAACAAACAAUAAAUUUAAAUUUAUCAAAAAAUCAAAUAACGACACUUAACGGUCUCGUUUUGAAAAAUUGCAUUCUUUUAAAUUUAUCGAAAAAUAAAAUUAACGACGAUAUCGAUAUGAAUUUAAACGAGAGAGCACCCAAAUUGAAAAUUAUUAAUUUAUCGUUUAAUAAUAUUCAAACGGUGAGAAGAAUGGAAUCGAAAUCGAUCGAUUACAUCGAUUUGAGUUAUAAUCAUAUCGAAUUCGUCCAUUUUGAAUCUUUCGAUAAUUGUUAUAACUUACGGGAAAUAAAUUUAAUUGAAAAUAAAUUGAAAAUAUUAGAUUACAGGACUUUUAACGAUUUGAUCAGUUUGAAAAAUUUAUGGUUGAUGCGAAAUCCGUGGUCUUGCGAUUGUUUUACGCGGGAAUUUAAAGAUUUGUACGAAUUUUUAAUUGUCGAAAAACGUUUCUACGACGAAACGGACGAAUUGUUAUGCGUUAAAACGAAUAAAACUUUUGAUAAUUUAGAUGAAGGUGAAGAGGAAAUUUCUCAUAGGAAUUCAACUCCUCCUCCAAAUUACGAAACUGCCAUUCUGUUACCCAAAUUAACGGAAAACAACGUUCGAGAAGAAUCUAGAAUUAUUUCUAGAAACUCGUUGAUUGUCGACAAUGAAGUUGUCACACACGUGGAAGAAGAUAAUUAA